GUAAGGGCAUGACGUCACUCACCUUCCCUUGCUUGGCUGGGACAAGUUGUACUGUACAGCCUUGGGAGUGUCGGAGGGACGGAUACAGUGUGGAGUUCGGUUAUACACGGCGGGGCAACCGACAGUAUGGAGGAGCCGCAGGAUCAGGAUACUGAAAAUCUGAGAUGUGCAGGAUGUCUUGGCUAUGUGGAGGACCGAAUCAUGACUGUUAAAGUUGACAGUGGGGUGUGGCAUAACUCUUGUUUUCGGUGCUGUGAGUGUGAUGAGCACCUGACCAACUGGUACUAUGAGAAAGUAGGACGACUGUACUGCUGGAAGGACUACUGGCAAAAGUUUGGGGAGUCCUGUCACGGCUGUUCUUUGGUGAUGACUGGUCCAGCGAUGGUGGCAGGGGAGUACAAAUAUCACCCAGAAUGCUUUGUGUGCAUUAGCUGCGGCGUGAUAAUUGAAGACGGACAGCCAUAUGCACUGGUACAACGCUCCAAACUUUACUGUGGGAAGUGCCAUAACCUCAUUGUGCUGGUUCCGAUGUUUGCACGACUGUCAUCUACUCCUGCUCAUGAAUCACUACCUCAUACUGUGACGCUAAUUUCCAUUCCUGCUACCACUAACGGUAAAAGAGGCUUCUCUGUUGGCACUGAAAGCAAUGAGACCAGUACCGCAGUUCGUGUGCAGAUAAAGGAAGUGAACAGAUCACUCAUCAAUCCUGAAGUCCGCAACAUGAUUCAUCCUGGAGAUCGAAUCCUGGAGAUUAAUGGCACCCCAGUCCGACACUUAUUGGUGGAUGAGGUUGAAGACCUGAUUCAGAAGUCAAGCCAGACAUUACGGUUGCUUAUAGAACAUGAUCCUGUCUCGCAUCGCCUCCAGAGGUUACAAUCCUUCUCUCCAGUCUGCUUAGAGCUCACACCUCCCACACAUUCCAUUCGAACAGACAGCAACAAAAACUUGAAUGAUGAAGGCACACUGCACAGAAGGUCGUUGAGGCGUAGUAACAGUAGCUGCAAAUCACCAGGUCCCUUAUCACCUAAAGAGCACCCGUUUCUAUUGAGGGACAUUAACAGGUCAGAAUCCCUGCGUUCCAGCACAAGCUGUUCACACCGCAUCUUCCGGCCAUGUGACCUGAUCCAUGGAGAGGUCUUGGGAAGAGGCUUCUUUGGACAAGCUAUCAAGGUAACGCAUAAAGCCACAGGAGAGGUGAUGGUCAUGAAAGAAUUAAUUUGUUGUGAUGAAGAUACACAGAAGACAUUUCUAAAAGAGGUGAAAGUGAUGCGAAGUUUGGAUCACCCAAAUGUGUUGCGUUUUAUUGGUGUUCUCUACAAGGACAAGCGGCUGAAUCUUAUCACGGAAUACAUCCAGGGAGGGACACUGAAGGAUUAUAUUCGCAACAUGGAUCCGUUCCCUUGGCAAAAGAGAGUUCAUUUUGCCAGAUGCAUUGCUUCAGGAAUGGCUUAUUUGCACUCCAUGUGUAUUAUUCAUCGAGAUCUCAAUUCACAUAAUUGCCUUGUCAAAUUGGAUGAAACUGUGGUUGUGGCUGAUUUUGGCCUGUCUCGUCAAGUUGUGGAGAAGCUUUCUCCUCAGGAGAAACAUUCAAAUAAAAAACGCACCUUACGGAGAAGUGAUCGAAAGAAACGUUAUACAGUUGUAGGGAGUCCAUACUGGAUGGCACCAGAAAUGCUAAAUGGAAAGCAAUAUGAUGAGAAAGUGGAUAUAUUUUCUUUCGGGAUUGUAUUGUGUGAGAUUAUCGGACAGGUGUAUGCUGACCCUGACUGUUUGCCUAGAAAUUGGGAUUUUGGCUUGAAUGUAAAAUCAUUCCAGGAGAAGUUUGUACCAGAGGAAUGUCCACCUGCCUUCUUCCCUUUAGCUGUAGCAUGCUGUUCCCUUGAUCCAGAAGAAAGGCCUCCUUUUUCAAAGUUAGAGGACUGCUUUGAUGCUCUUUCACUGCAUCUGGGAGAGCUACGGAUUCCACUUCCUGCUGAAUUGCUGGAGAUCAGCCAAAGUCUUCCCAAGCAAACUACCCCACCUGUGCAAAAUGGUACAUAGUUGCUGCCCCCACUGAACAUCAAGAGGCUUAAAAAGAGAGGUGGGAUGAAACUUUCAACCUGGUAACCUUACACACUGACAAAGAUCUGUAGAUGUUCCCAGGGACUUGUGGCAAAAUCUCAAGGAGAAGUGAUAUUCUUAAAUGACUUCAUCAUUUAGUAUUGCCUGCCAUUGCUUUUUAUUCUGAAGCCUCUUGCAAGCGAAGUCAUACCUGCCUCAUAAACCUAAGCCUCAAGUGACAUUCCAGAGUGGGAUGCGCCAUCAUGCCUUUGGACUGCUGUUUGCAACUGAUACUUGUCCAGAGCCGGUUCUGAAUCUGCCUUAUGUAUGAUGUGCCUUGACUUUAUCCUGAAAGGUGCUUCGUCGAUGUUGUGGAUGUUGGACUUUGCUUUUCUUGGUGGUGAUUCCACUUGUACCGCUCAGUAGCACACUUCAUGUGUGACUCAUCUCUGUGGCACAAUAGAAGGAGUUCCCUGCCAGGUGGCAUGGCGUAGUACUGCUAAACACAGCACAAAAUUAGUUGGUGGAUUUAUUUCCUGACAUUUGGAUUUAUCAGCAAUAUACUUCUUUCCUUUAACUCUUUGGGGCAUUUUUAAACAUAUUUUAUUUGUGCAAUUAAUGACAGAUCGUUGUGACAGCCUGCAGCACUUUAUGGAAAUCUCUGGAUGUUCCUUUCUUUAUCCUUCUCACUAGACUGGUAACAUGGAUAUGCCUUGAUGGAAUUUGCUUGUGUCUGAUGGCUGUCUGCUCUGGUACACAACCAAAUGUUCAGGUGUUCUAAAUGUGUGUGUUGCCUACAGAUUUGCACUUAAAGGGAAAAAAGUUAAGACCACUUCAUAGGGGCAGAAUGCCUUGAAAUGAAACUAGUGUAGCUUUGGUUUUGUGGCUUUUGGUUGUGAUUAUGUUAACACAAAUGGGCUGCUGAACUCUUCUUGUUUUUAUUGCCUCUAUAACUUUACAGAUACUUUUCCCGAGUCAGACAGUCGUAGAGGAUCCACACAUGUUCACAUGGCAAAUAAGAUUUACAUUAAUUGGAAAUGAUGUUUGGGUCACCAUAUGAGCCAUAAAGGCACAUCCCUUUAUCUGUUUGCUGUGUAUUCCUGUAAAUAUUUUUGAUUUUGGCUUGCCCUUUGUCAGUUAGCAGAUACAAGGAUUUUUUUUUUUUUGAAGAAUUGGUUAGAAUGUUCAGAUUACUGUGAUGUUACAUAUAGGAUACAGUGUCUCUAAGGUCUGCAUUAAACCUUUAUCUUCGCAAUCCUGUUUGCGUACCAAAUAUCUGUGAAUGUUGUCAAAACAUGUAGGUCCUGGCCUGCCCUUCCCUUGACAUAUAGGUGUAUCUUCCCACUGCAGUGCUGGCCUGCUACCUGUUUGCAGGAGUAUUUAUACCACAGUAGAUUUUUGACCUGACCCUGAGAUACAGGUGUGCUAACACACUGUAGUCCUGACCUUCCUUAUGUGCACAGGUGUGUCACCACACUACAUUCCUGAGCUGCCGUAUGUGCAGAGGUGUGUCACCACACUACAGUCCUGACCUGCCUUAUGUGCACAGGUAUGUCACCACACUACAGUCCUGACCUGCCUUAUGUGCACAGGUGUGUCACCACACUACAGUCCUGACCUUCCUUAUGUGCACAGGUGUGUCACCACACUACAGUCCUGACCUGCCUUAUGUGCACAGGUGCAACAGCACACUACAGUCUUGGCCUGCCCUCCACACGUUGAAUGUCCUGCACACUGUAGUUCCAGGCUCUUGCUCCAGUUAUAAAUGUGCCACCACAAUGUAGAUCUUGUCUUCCCCUUGCUUGGAUAUUGCUACAACUGUAGUCCUGCUGUGUUGUAUAUAUACAAAAAUGUGACUCUGCAUUGCGGUCCUCGCUUGCUGUCACUGUGCUGGUAUAUUGCAUUAUUGUAUGUCUGGACUGCCUUUGGGUUACAGGUGUUUUAUCAUCUGGCCUGCCAUUGGGUUACAGGUGUUUUAUCUUAGUCUUGGUAUUUUCUUACAGCACAGAGUUAGCUUUCCAUCACACUUAUUGCUUAAUGCCAGUGCAAAGAUAUGUCAUUCCAUUACAAUACUAGCCUGUUUUUAGGGUACAAAUGUGUCUUCUGUAGUCUUAGCUUAUCAUCAAGGUAGAGGUAUUUCAUUCCACUACACUCCUGAUCUGUCGCCACAUGUGUGUUACCCUACUGCAGUCCUAGCCUAUAGUCUUGAUAAUUACCCCACAGCAGGCUUGGUGUGUUGUAAUGCAAGUUAUGUCAUCCCUCUGCACUUUUAACCUGCCAGUAGUGUAUGGGUGUGUCAUUCCACUACUCAUGCACCUUACCUGCGGGAGUAUAGAUUUUUUUCAACUCACUGCAGUCUUUGGAUCGAUGUCAAGGAGUAAAUAGGUAACACCGUUGCAUUCUUGGGUUGAUGGGGGGAAUACUGAUUUUUACUGUUCCACUGCAUUCCUUUCCUGUCCCUGGUUUAGAGUUAUCAGUAACUUACAGUCAUCAGGUUCUCUUUAGGGAAAUUGACUCCAAUCCACAGUGUUUUGGAGUUAUUUAUGGGCUACUUAUGGGGCACCCAUAGCCGUACCUUCCCAUUUGAGUGAUCAUUUUGCAUUUGGGAUGUUGAUUUUUCACUCUCUGUUUUGGCCUGUUCUCAAGGUUCAUCUGUGUAACCCCUUGACUACUAUUGUCCUUUGUUUACCACCAUCUGGGUGUGUCGCUCUUUUCUAGACUUCGUCUUUUCUGAGGCACAGAUGAGUCAUUCUUCUGCCAUUUUGGCCUAUUGUUGAGGUGGAGGAACCUUAGGCUGGAUGCUGUUUUACACUCUUCUCAGGAGGGGGGAACCAUUAUGCCUUCUUGGAGUCUCUUGGAUUUUGAAUGACAUGUUAAAAAUAUACUGAGAUAGAUUUAGCUGUUAGCUGAGUCACAAAAUGUAAAGUUAUUAUCACCCAUCUUUUUGAGUGGAAUGUUUACUCUUUCCUAUGACGCUGUUGUUUGACCCUGUCAUUGGGACUGGGUAAUGAUUUAGGAAACGCUACUGAGUAAACAUUUAAGUAAACUAAACAUUUGCUAGUGAGGCCAGUGCAGUUUUUGACAACAGCAUUUCACUGACAACUCGAAAGGUUUGCACAUAAACUGGAAUUAUAUGUGAGAGGAGAACCUUUGUCUAAAAAUUGUUUAAAAAAAAAAAAAAAAAAGAUGCAUAUUUCAGAAAACUCCUUAUUUUUCAAGGAUUUUUUGCAUACUAUAUUUUUCCAGUGAUUGAUAUACCUUGACAUUUCAGGGUAUACUAUGUUGUAAAUAUGGAAUGUCAUUUGGAACAAAUAAAGUUUUCUUGAUUGAA